AAAUGGCUUCCAUCGAAUAAGAGCCACUUCUGAGGAGGUGUUUGGCUUGUGGAAACAGGAACUUAAGUGCAAAGUACCUCCAUAUAGCUUUAGGAGACCACACAACUUUUCUCCCAGCAGAGAAGUGACUGUGACAGCAGGGACACAUUCUGAACCAAAGUGAGGCAUGUUAACAUUUUGUUAAGUGCUCAGUAGUUGCAGAACUGCAGUGCUUAAAAGUGUCCACAGCAUCUUUGCAAGGGAGAUGCACGAGGAGGAAAAACAGAACAACAAAUGGUGGUUUCCCUUGGCUUUUACCAAGUAAACAAGAAGACUUUCCCCUACCCCAAGCAGUGAGGUGGUGCUAGGGGUGGGCAUUUAGGGGCCGCCUGACUCAUUUGUGGCUUGCUAGAUAGAAGAGAAGCUGAUAGUGACAGAAAGGAAGCACAGGUGGCUGUGUUGCAUCUGCCCCAAGAACUCUGACUUGGAGCAGCCUUAACCUACCAUGGAUGACAGCUAUCAGAAUGAAGAAUACUACAAUGACAAUGUGUCAGAGAAAAUAUCCCACACUGAGGAAGUGCACUCAGAGUUAGAACCUACAAAAGCAGGUAAUGGGGAGAAUGAGAAGAAAUUCUCAAAGGACUCAUUGAUUUUGGACCAGGGAUAUGAGAAUGCUGAGCCAGAAUAUGAGUACAUCGGGUUUUCUGGCAUACGGAUGAGAAGGCUACCAGACAACAGAGGGAAAGCAGAGCCAGCACUGUAUACAUUUGAGGAUGACAAGUGGGGACCUUUUGUCAGGAAACCUGUCUGCAUCUUCUCACUUCUGCUGCUCUGCUCCCUUAUCAUGGUGAAAGUUGCUUUCGUGAUGACAUCUGUUAGAUGCUUUUCAGUGUGUCCAGAUGAAUGGGCAGCAUUUCAGGAGAAAUGCUAUUACUUUCCCAUAAAAACAGGAAGUUGGGGUAAGGUCAGAAGCUUCUGCCGACGCCUGGGUGCAGAUCUGAUGAUAAUUGACAACAAUACGGAACAGGACUUUCUGAUUUAUAAAAUGGAUUCCACGAAGAAACUGUGGAUUGGCUUGCGUUAUGCAGAGGAUGUACCAGGGUGGCAAUGGGUGGAUGGUACAGAGUUGACCUUUGAAAACUGGGAGACGCCAGAUAACAUUCAACUUACCGACAAAUAUAAUUAUAAAACCCAUUGUGUUGUUACUUCAGUUGAAGCCUCAAAGGGCAAGUGGAACAACAUUCCCUGUGAUAAGCUCCAUCAAUCUGUCUGUGAAAGGGACAAGGAGGUGACCUGCGUUCUGCAGUCUCCACUUUCACCCCACUGAAAUGAUUUGCUUUAUUUUUAUUCCAUAGAAACAAUUUU